ACUUGCAGCGAGCGUCCUCGACUCAGUCGCUGCACUCCUUCGUGUAAAAUACACACGCACCCGACUUUCAAAAUGCCGAACCGAAACUCGCAGGAGUGGAUGCGCCUGUCCCUCCGCACGCCGGGAAUCUUCAUUUUCGGCUUGGUCAUGGCGCCCUGCGGUUGGGUGCUCAAUCUGACCGCCACGGUGGCCCCCAACUGGAGGACCCUGGAGGACUUGCCCGACAGGCCGAGCAACGAGUUCAUCGAGCAGGGCAUCUGGGACAUCUGUCGCUCCGUCACCACGUCCACGUCGUCCACGUGCGGCCUGGAGGACAGCACGUAUUUCGGUAACGAGAUCAUCGAUGUGGCCCAAGGGCUAAUGGUGGCCUCGCUGGUGGUCACCCUCGCGGGCCUGGCCGUGGCCAUCCCCGGGAUCCGCUGCUGGAAGGAGAGGCCCAACUGGGUGGUGGCCGGCCUUGGGGGGUUGUUAAUCUUCAUUUCGGGGGUGUUUGUCCUCAUCCCCAUCUCUUGGUACACCCACAUCCUGGAAGACAUCAGCACGGUGACACCCAGGGAGAACGUGCGCGUGGGCUACUGCAUCGUGCUGGGUUUCAUCGGCGGCAUUUUCGAGAUCCUGGGCGGCUUCGUCAUGUUCAUCGGUAUCUGUCGCUGCUGCGGCGGGAAGAACCGCGGCGAGGUGCGGGUGCAGGAGACCGGGCGCAGCCGCUUCAGCGCGCGCCCGCAAUCGCAGCCGAGACGCGUGGACGUACCCUCGCUCAGCCGGGACCGUAGUCCUGCGCCCAGUAGCGUGCCCUACAUCCGGGACUCUCUGGACGACGACGUCUCCUUCCCGCGGGCCAAGAGCGCCGGGCCCCGAUCCGUCGACACCUCGUUCACGGGGAGGCCCUACGAUGCGGACUUGUGAGGGAGAGGGGGGGGGGGACACCGAUGUACGCACACGGAUACACACUCACACAAGUUGAUCAAUUGCCGCGUUUCCCAACCAUCGCUAAACCAAGAAACAUAUUUGAACUUGUUGGUUCUUUUUACCUUUUUUUAGGUUAUUUAAAUGACAUGUUUCACAUGAUGAACAUCAGCUGCUAGACGAGUCACCAAUCAUCACGUGACACUGAAGAAGGCGGAAGACUUAAUUAUGCCAGGUAAAUAACCUUUUUUUUUAAAAAAAAAAACUUGGUCUGAGAGAAAUAACCAACAAGUUCAAUUAUAAAUAAAAGACAGAAUCAACUUUAUUCGGCUAUCAAGCCACAUAUUUUUCCAUGAGAAAAAUCCAGUGGUGGCAAAUAAACUGCUACGUUACUGUACUGUAUGUUCUUAUGCCAAUUCGACUUGAAUAUUUGUUUUCUGGCAACUUUUUACUUCAACUCUGUGAAAGCUGAUAUUUUUAAAUUGUUAUUUUGUCAAAAUCAUAUCCUCCUAUGAAGUGACUAAGUACAAAUACUUCCUUACUGUACUGCAAGAUAGAUGUAAGUAUCUGCACGCUACUCGAGUAUUUUUGACACGUUUUUACUUCCUACACAGUACACACACUUGGUUUCUGUACUUCAGUGGGGUUUACUGGUACCUCUACGUUAGUAUUUCUGACUACUUUUUACUUUAACAGUGAGGGUUGACCUAAAUGACUCAACAAAUCUACACAUUUUUGGUUUGGGGUACAGGUCUAAGUCAAAUGUAAUGUUGUGGCAGUCAACUACUUUGUAAACGUGACUUAAGCAUUUCAGGGGGUUUUCUUUUUGGUUUGGACAGAUAAAAAACACAAAAAGGGGGGGGGGCACCGUUAACGCCAAUGACUCAGCAGAUUCUGUGUCGCAAGAUGCUCCAUUCCCCAUCCAUUGCCUUGAGAACUUGAAUCCACACUUGUACUUUUACCACAAUAUUCUUUCACGCAAGUAUCUCUACUUCUACUUAAGUACAGCGAAUGAGUACGUUUGCCACCUCUGGAGAAAUCUCAUGGCACACCAUUGAACAAAAACGUCAGAAAAAGUAUGCACAGAUGUACACACAAAUGAAGUUAAAUAGAGCUACUAUUAUGUUUUAUCAUUGGCAUCAGGUCUGUUGCACAUCAUCACUGAAGACCGAGACUGCCUCGUUUUAUUUUUGCAAGUUAAUUGAAGGUUCAAGUGGUGACGAGAGAUCAAAUAAGUUUAUAUUGUUGAAGCCAAAGCUGUUGGAGUAUUAUUGUAAUGUUGUACCAUGCCGUGAAGGAGUCAUUUUUCAUUGCUCUUGAUUGUCGUUUUGGGGUUUGUGGAGCUAUUUGUGCCUGAAAAGCAAUGCAAUCAAACAUUUUAUUGAAGGGGAAUCAAGUUUUUAUGCAAAGAAAAUCAGCCACAUUAAGUUUGUCUUGUAUGUUCAUUUGUACAUACGGAUCAUAUUUUUCUCGAACUAAGACAUCGAACAAGCCUCUCUUCCGUUUUCAUGUAAAUAUUCUUAUACGCACUUUACGUUGAUGACACGGAGUAACGUGAACAAGAAUGUUUUCACUGUUGUGCAAGUGCUUUAUUAAACUAUACGCCAUGGCUAAAA